UUAUUUUCAAUAGAUUUUCUUAUCAUUUUGGAAAGAAUCUCUAUAAUUUUAAACCAGAAAAACAUACGAAAAAGUGUCAAAAGUGCGCAAAUUUUCGUGAAACCGAAACUUCUUACGAAGCGACGAUCUAACCGAAGCGGCCUUAAAUUCAUGAGUAUUCGCCAAAUUCAUUGUUUAUUUAAAAUUUUUGCAAAUCUAAAUUAAUUAUUCCGAAGAAGGUGUAAAUUAGCAUAACAAUCAGUUUAGAACUGUUUGCAUAGAUAUUUGCAAGCAGCUAAAAAAAGCAAGAAAAGCUCAACUAAGAGUCGAAACGAGAAGAGAUAGCAAUCGAAGGCAAGCACAAGAUGUCCUAUCAAAUCAAAUCGACACCGUUUUUUCGACGCAUGGUUAGUGCCAGCAAAAAAAAUGGCCAGCUGCAGCGUUUGAAGGAGGAAUAUGAACGCAUCAAGGAGUUCAACGAUCGCACCAUCGAAAUGAAAAUGCGUCAGGUGCGCUUGAAGCGUCUAUUUCGCGAGAUAGAAGAAAUCAAGGAGUCAUCAUCGCAGUGGAAACGCCGACGCAUAGCCACCGAGCGUUCCAAAACGAACGAAGAGAAACGCGCGCAGACGCUGGUCAAGUCCAAAGAGCUUGGCAAACAAUAUUCGAAAAUGAAUGCGCUAGUCGAACGUUGUGCAUCGCGUAUGGAAGCUGCAUCAUCGGGAGCUGCCGUGGGGGGUAUGUUUUCGCGCAUGGAAUUGGAACGUAAACAGCGUUCCGAUAAGCGUAUCAAUUACGGCAACAAUCGGUCACGCAUGAAUAUACAAAAGCUUACGACCAGCCCACGCAAACCGGUUGGUAAGCCGGAACUCGCCACAGAAAGGGAACUCAAAGAAUUAAAAGAGAAACGAAACAAUCGACUUUCGUUUGGCAACUCGUGUUCCAGUCGCAAUCUUCUGAAGAAAGUCAAGAAAAAUAAUCUCCAAAAAUCAUCAAAUGGGACGUCGAUAAGCUCAUUGAAUGACUCAGAAAUUACAAAAGUGUACGAUCAGGACUCGCAAUACAAAUUUGCGCAUGAUGCUGAGGCUGUUGAUUUGCCGGUCAUGAUGUUUGUUCCGCGCCAGAAGGACUUUGAGGAUAUGUGUCGUAGAAAGUCGCAAUCCAACUCAUCGAAAACGUUGGUGAAAACUGAAGAAGAUCCACAAAUACGCGCGAAACAACAUUGGCGCAAACUCGCACUUAUUGUGCGUCAACGCAAUGUGCACCCAUUAGUAGAUAACCAAGAAGAUAGCUCUGAAGAAUACACGUUGCGUGAAAUUUCCAAUACUACGGAUUUGACAUUGCGCCAGCUGAAAAACAAAACUUCACCAUCGAAUUCGGAAAAUGAUCUACUACCCGGCGAGGUGCUGUUGAGCGUCGAGUCACUCCAUCCGCUGGAGAUGCAAUCUUUGCCGGCUCUCAAAACCACCGCCGCGGAAAAGCCAAGAGCCGACAAGGGUGGCAGUCCAAUAGACCCGCUACGCAAGGUGCAGCAAUAUGUGAAAAUGUUUGAGCCCAUAGUGCGCGACGUGGCGCGAAAAGAGGUUUUAGAGUUUGGUAUUGAGAAGUUGCGCAGCAUUUUCGAACAUCAGAGUGUUGAGCAGUAAAAGUAGUAGAAGAGUUGCAGUGGAAAUGAAAUACUUCAUGCGAGUUCAUUUGAUGAAAACCACGAGUAGAUGUGCGCUUCACAAUUAUGUCUCUAUUCUGAUUAACAAAUGCUAAAGUGCAUAUUUAUAUGAGCAGUGCACAUUUUUUAGGGAAAACGCCAAAAUUCAGUUUAUUCAACUAAGUGAAAGGAACGGAAAAUUUAAAUUUUUUUAAAGAAUAAUUCUGGCAUUUUCAAGUUUGGAAGAGUUAUUUAGAGUAAGUUUUGCUAAGUUACUAUGUUUGUUUAUUUGAAUUUGCUGCUAUUUGCAUUUAUAUAUUAAAGAAGUCUGCGCAAAAACCCGCAGUUAGUCUUUGCAAAUAGACUUAGUCCAAUUAGCAUCCAUUGUAGCACAGCAUAGUUAGCUAAAAUUUUAGUUUGGAAUAAAAAUUUAUAAAAAGUGGACUAAAUA